CUUUGUGUGAAGAAAAACACAAAACAAUAAGUCAAAGAAAAAAGAAGAAGUAUAUUAUAUAUUUAUUAAUAUAUAGUAUAUAUUUAGCAAAAAUGUCAUCUUUCCCUAUGAAUGCUGGUGAUGGUCCAUAUAGCUACUCAAAAAACUCCCCAUUGGCGAAAGAAGCAUUAAAUGGUGCAAAGAGAAUGGUGAGAGAUGCAAUUAUUCAAAACCUUGACAUCAAAAUCAUGUUAUCAUCAUCUUCAAAUACAAUACGUAUUGCAGAUUUGGGAUGUUCAGUUGGACCAAACACUUUCAUUGCAAUGCAACAUGUUGUACAAGUUCUAAAGGAAAAAUACCAUAAUAACAACAUUCUUGAAUUCCAAAUAUUUUUCAAUGAUCAUGUCACAAAUGAUUUCAACACCCUCUUUCAAUCACUACCCAUCGAUCGAUCCUACUAUGUAUCUGGAGUUCCAGGAACAUUCCAUGGUAGAUUAUUUCCAUCGCGAUCGAUACAUUUUGCACAUUCUAUCAACUCUAUACAUUGGUUAUCUAAGUGUCCAGAAGAGCUGUUAGAUGAAAAAUCCCCAGCAUGGAAUAAAGGUUUGAUUCAUUAUAUGGGUACAUCAAAUGUUGAAGUAUUGAAUGCAUAUGUUGCACAAUUUGAAAAAGACAUGGAAAUGUUGUUAAAUGCAAGAGCUGAAGAGAUUGUUGAAGGUGGAAUGAUGGUACUUGUUACACCAUUUGAAAGUUAUUUACGUCUCUUCAAAUUUUUUGGUUCUAGUCUUAUGGAUUUGGUGAAUGAGGGAAAGUUAGAUGAAUUUUUAGUUGACUCGUUUAAUUUGCCAAUGUAUUUUCCAUCACCUGAAGACAUGACUAAAGUGGUCGAGAAAAAUGGUUGUUUUAACAUAGAGAAAGUAGAAUUGACAUAUCCAAAAUCGAAACUUGUGGAUGAAGCUGAUGCAAAGGCUAUAAUGAUAAAUCUAAGGGCUAUUUUAGAAGGAGUUUUGAGCAAUCACUUCGGAUGUAAAAUUGCAGAAGAAGCUUGUACGAGAACUAUUCUCAAAAGUGAUGAGAUUUCGACAUGGAUGAAAGCGAAUUAUGAGAGAUCAUGUCAGUUAUUUAUCGCUUUGAAGCGUAAAUGAAUUUCUAUAGAAAAAUCUAUCUAUUUGUCUAUCUAUUUAUAUAUAUACGAGAAGUGCAAGGCCCGUGUCAACACGGGCCCAAUAAUAAAACAUGUGGAUUGCAAUUUUUAAGUUUUAGAAUUUAUGUUGGAGUAGGAAGUUUGAGCAGUAGAAUGUUUUCAUUGGUACGAUAAAAUAUACUUAUAAAAUAUAUUUCUGUAAAUUUUUUA